AUGUCGGAAAAGGGUAGGCCACUCCCUAAAUUUGGUGAAUGGGAUGUCAAUGAUCCUGCUUCAGCUGAGGGGUUUACUGUGAUCUUCAACAAGGCUAGGGAUGAGAAGAAGACAGGUGGAAAACCUGAGUCACCAGGAAAGGCCGAUCCUAAUAUUAGGCAUGGAGUUGAGCCCGGCAGGCCUCCAUCUAUGUUGCCUUAUAGUCACAGUUGUUUGGAAAGAACUAGUGGCCCUGGACUUUAG